AUGAGUCAAUUCGAUGGGCACGUCAAGUUGGGAGAAGAAAUGGAUUUGUUAUUGUCAUGCAGAAAUCAGAUGGGGAGUGGUAUUCGUGGUAGGAAGCCAAGACUAACUGAAUAUCGUGAGGGUCAUUCUUAUGUUGGAAGAUUGUCAUAUAAGGAAACCUCUUUAUUGGUAGACAUGUUGAAGAGUAUGGUACGACCGAGUGAGAUAAUGGUUACAUUGAAACAACAUGAUGAUGCAAAUGCUUCCACAAUGAAGACAAUUUACAAUGCACGUCAUAGGUAUAAAGUUGCUAAGAAAGCUGGAAGAUCUCAAAUGCAACAACUAUUGGGUCAGUUAGCAGUCAGCAAGUACAUUGAGUGGCGUAGGAGCUGUGUGGAUACUAAGACAGUGACUGAUUUGUUCUUUGCACAUCCUACUAGUUUGAAUUUGUUAUGUGCAUUUCCAAAAGUAUUGUUGAUGGAUUGUACUUAUAAGACCAAUCGACAUCAGUUGCCUCUUCUGGAGAUUGUAGGUAUGACAUUGACAUACACAACAUUUUCAAUUGCAUUUGCAUAG